AUGGCGGCAACAGAAAAUGCUGGCUCUAUGCCUCCUACAUUCGAAAUGCUACACAAUGUAGCCAAAGAACCCAUGUUCCGAAGAACCACAAUAGCUCGUCCCCGAUCGGAGGCAACAGAAAUAUUCGAUACCGACUUUGAGUCUGACUAUGAUGAUAUUUUGGAUUCACCCAGGAGGAGUGUUGGAUCUUUGGUUGCUGAGAGUGUGACCACUGUAUCCACAAGGGAUGUCCCAACUCCGGAUUCGGCAGCAAUGGCAUCCUAUCAGUUCGAAAUUGACGGCAAAACAGUGAGAGGUCCCCAAGGACCUCAUCUGUUCCGGUCAUCGAUGAGCUCAGAUGAGUUCGAUGCUAGCUACGAGGUCGAUUUCGUCCUUGCAAAGACACCCACGAAAGCCGCUUUUGAUAGAGCAACGAUAAAUCCUGAGACAAGAAAGGAUACGCCUUUGCCAGGCUUUGUUGAUGACAACGCUCCAACAUAUGUUCCACAUGCACAGCUCAAGUCUAUCAGUCUCCCUGUUUCUGCCCCGAACGAGGCCAAUGUCAGAUCUUGGUCUCCACCAGAUGUGGUUCGGUGGAUGCAAGACGUCGGAUUCGAUGACUCAAUCAUCGAGAAAUUCUUCGUCAAUGACAUCUCAGGAGCCAUCCUUCUCGAUUUGCAAUCUGAAGACUUGAAAGAGCUUGAGAUUAAAUCUUUCGGAAAGCGUCGCCAUUUAAUGAACUCCAUACAACAUCUGCGGGAGAGUGUCAGGUUUUCCACUCCCGGAGUGCCUUUGGCGAGCACAUUAUCACAGAACGUCUCUUCAGACUGUCUGUCUUCGAGUGACUCAGGAACAACACCAACGCAAGAUAGUGACAAGCAUAAGAAAAACCGACGGCGUCAUCACCGAUCUCACAAGAAAGAAUCAGGCCUGCCAAAGGAUCUCAUUCCCGAUGACUCGGCAUCCAUAGUAGCUAUUGAACAGGUUUUGCCUAAGCCACAUCACUGCUCCAAAGGCGAGGACUGUCGUAAGUGGCAAAAGCAACAACGAAAGAUUUCCCGCCUUGCCAAGGACCUUCCACUUGACAUUGCUGCUACCACUCGAUUUAUCCACGAGCCGGACAAUGAACAUCGGCCACCGCACACGGCAAAGAGCUUACCUAACAUGGAACCAAUGCCAACCCCGUCCAUUGUUGCAUCCUCGGAUAUACUUGGGCCUGAGCAGAUGCCUCAAUUUCAUCUUUCGGAGGCAAAACUCAACGAACUGCGCCAGCGUGACCCACAAGAGAAUGUUCGUCAGUAUCUAAAUCUUCAACAUCUCAGCAGACUACAGCCAGUGCGAGAUUCAAAUGGAUCUAGGCCUGGUCCUUGUGCUUCACCAGACGUAGACUCCCCAGAUUCAACAAGAACGACUGCCUCGCUAGCAGACAAUCUUCGCACUUUACCCAAAUUGACUAUUCCAACAAGCCAUCACAAUGGGAAUGGCGCAUACUCCGCUAAUCUUUCAGCUCAGCGAACGGUUACACCUUCUAUACUGCGCAAGCAACCAAAUUUCGUUACUGGUAGCAUUGAUGCUACUCUAUAUAAUGCGCAAGAGGAGUCGUACAUGUACGAGCAGGGUAUGACGCCUGCAGAUUACGUCGGCUCGCCAUCGGACUUCUACCGCACUCACGAACUUUAUCGGCAGUCCACUCCUUUCUCGGAGGUGGAUGUACCAAUCACCGCAAUUCCUGAUGGUCCUAUUGAACGGGAAAUCUCCCAAUCCGUCCCCCCAGAUAUGCGGUUUGGGCGUGAACACCUCAUCGCAGUUGAUCCAAUUGCUCGACCAGCUUCUACAAGACACGAGCACUACCGAAGACGUCCUUCCAUCGUGGCUGCAAGUGCUCAAACAUUGUACCCUGUGGCUGAGGUAGUCGGACCAAUUGAUACACUAGAUGACCUCAAUGCCACUUCUAGAGUAACUCCCGGACAUAUUCCAGAUGCCACCCAUAGUGGAUGGAUGAAGAAACGCAAGACAACUCGAAUGCUUAAGCACGAAUGGGAAGAUCACCAUUUCACGCUGAAGGGUACCCGGCUUGCUAUGUUUGGAGAUGAAGAAGCCUCCCGUCGUGACUCCAGAGCACUUGAGUGCAUUGACGUCGACGAUUAUGCUGUUGCCUGCUCUUCGCUUGCUUCCAGCUCAAAAUUGACUGCAGCUUUCAAGAAGACCGUCCUGAAACGAAGGGAUUCCGCUCAGAAUGAGGCUGCUUUUGCUUUCUCCUUGAUUCCCUCAACAAACGGCAACGCUUCUGCUGUGGAAAGGAAAAACUUCUUCCUUAGCAAUGGUAAAUCUCACCACUUUGCUGUCAAGACCCGAGACGAACGCAUCGACUGGAUGCGCGAGUUGAUGUUGGCGAAGGCUCUGAAAAGGGGGAAAGAGAGCGGUGACUCGGUCCACGUCAAUGGACAACUUUUCUAA